AUGGAUGAAGUUAAACUAAGUGAUGGUGUAUUUGAGCAAAUAAAAGAUUUUAGACAUGAAUACUUGACUGAAGAACAAGAAUCGUUAAUUGAUAAGCUGAUAUUAAAUGAAGAAUUAAAAAGUCGUUAUAAAGAGAAUGGUUUGUGUUAUGAAUGUAAACAGCCUAAUACUGGUGAUUAUUAUUGUCAAGCAUGUAAUUCUAAACGUUUUCAACAAAAUUUCAAAAAUUGGACAAGUGGAAAUCAUGACGUUGAUGAAUUUAUUCAAAAAGCACAAUUAAAAGCUAAAAAAGAAAGUCAAGCUAUAGAGUGGAUUGAAUAUGAUAAAUUUGAAGAUGUUAAAUAUUUAGCAAAAGGAGGAUUUGGGACUAUUUUUAAAGCAAUUUGGAAUUACAGUUAUGGCAAUUAUCAAUGGCAAAAAGAAGUCGCUUUAAAAUGUUUACAUAACUCACAAGGCACUACAGUAGAUUUGUUAGAAGAAGUUAAGUCAAAUAUUAUUAUAGAUAAUGGUGGUUGGAUAGUUCGUUGUUUUGGUAUUACCAAAGAUCCAAAAACGAAUAAUUUUAUGAUGGUGAUACAAUUAUUUGAUGGUAGUUUAAGACAACAUUUAGAUAACAAUUUCAUUUCACUAGAUUGGGAGAAAAAGUCUUAUAGUUUACAUAGUAUUGCAGAUGGUCUUAAAAAUAUUCAUAGUAGUGGAUUGGCUCAUCGUGAUUUUCAUUGUGGAAAUAUAUUAAGUACUUUUAGUGAAACAACUUUUAUUACUGAUUUAGGAUUAUGUCAACCAGCAAAUGUAAAAACUUCUCAUGAUGGUAAUAAAAAAAUAUAUGGAGUAUUACCAUAUGUAGCUCCAGAAGUCCUAAGAGGAAAAGAAUAUACUCAAGCAAGUGAUAUUUAUGCAUUUGGAAUUAUUGCAUAUGAAGUUUGUACAGGAUUACCUCCUUAUCAUGAUGUCGCCCAUGAUGAAUUCUUAGCUUUAAAAAUUUGUCAGGGUUUGAGACCAAAAUCUACCUAUAAAAUUCCUCAAGUUUUCCUUGAUAUAAUUAACCAAUGUUGGGAUGCGGACCCUUUAAAACGACCUAAAGCAGAUGAAUUGCACGAGUCAAUAUGGAAUGUACAUUUGAGUAUUCGUAAUAAACAUGAUGAAGAAAAUUUUGCAAUCAACGAACAAAUUAGAGAAGCUAAUGAAAUUAACGAAAAGUCAUCUACAGCGGUUCAGACACUAUUAUCAUCUACUGGUGCGCUUUCGUAUACAACACAUCCUCAAGCAGUUUAUACAAGUAGACUUUUAGAUUUUAAUAAUCUUCCAGAACCAAAAAAUGCAGACAAUGAUGAAACAGAAUCUUUAGAAUCUUUAAGAAUUGGUUUCACUAAACUUGACGUUAAUUCUAAAGAUGAAAGUAAUUAA